AACCGUGAGGGUGAAAUGACCUGAGAUGAAAACCCUGGAUAAUGUCGCACUAAAGCCAGGGUUUUUGUAAAAUAAAUUUAAUGACGAUAAUGAACGAGAGUGAAAUAUACCUCCUCGGUUGGGACGAGUCGUCCAUGCUGACCCGCGACCUCAAUCGCACAUACUACAAUUCAAGCUACAUAGUGAAUGACACGUACAAUGAUCUAUGGGAUUUAGCAACAGAUCGUGCUGGUCUAGCUGUUGUACUAUUACUAUUCUCAGUGGCAACAGUAUUUGGUAAUUCACUGGUGAUACUUGCUGUUGUGCGUGAACGUUAUCUUCAUACAGCGACAAAUUAUUUUGUCACCUCAUUAGCAUUUGCCGAUUGCCUUGUUGGCCUAGUAGUGAUGCCAUUCAGUGCAAUCUACGAGGUCCUUGAGAAUCGUUGGCUAUUCACAAUGGAUUGGUGCGACGUAUGGCGAUCACUCGAUGUACUAUUCUCAACAGCAUCAAUACUCAAUCUCUGUGUCAUAAGUCUCGACAGAUACUGGGCAAUAACUGAUCCAUUCACCUAUCCAACAAGAAUGAGUAGAAAACGCGCUGCCAUACUCAUAGCUAUAGUGUGGGUAUGCUCAAGUGCAAUAUCAUUUCCAGCAAUAGCUUGGUGGCGUGCCGUUAGAACAGAGGAAGUGCCCAAGGAUAAGUGUCCAUUCACCGAAAAUCUUGGUUAUCUCAUAUUCUCAUCAACCAUUAGCUUUUACCUACCCCUAUUUGUCAUGGUAUUCACAUACUACAGAAUAUAUCGUGCCGCUGUUAUACAAACAAGAAGUCUCAAACUUGGUACAAAACAAGUGAUGAUGGCGUCGGGUGAAUUGGAGCUCACACUUAGAAUACACAGAGGUGGUGCUACCAAUACCGAUGCCAGACAUCUGUUCAGAACAGCAUCAAGUACACCUGAAGAUUUACAGGAUAUGGAGGAGCCAUUGACUCUCCAUAAUAAUGGAUUGAUGCGUAUGCCAUCAACGAGAAUUAAUAAUAAACAACAUCUUGGAAAGAAUUUUUCAUUAUCACGUAAAUUAGCUAAAUUUGCUAAGGAAAAAAAAGCUGCUAAGACACUUGGUAUUGUUAUGGGAGUUUUUAUUGUAUGUUGGUUACCAUUCUUUGUGGUUAAUCUAUUGUCAGGUUUCUGCACAAGAUGCAUUUGGAAUGAGGAAAUUAUAUCGGCCGCUGUAACGUGGCUUGGAUGGAUCAACAGUGGAAUGAAUCCAGUCAUUUAUGCCUGCUGGAGUAGAGAUUUUCGACGGGCUUUUGUCAGGAUACUGUGUGCCUGCUGUCCGAGGAAGAUGAGGAGAAAGUAUCAGCCGGCAUUCAGGUGUAAACCCAGUCAGAUGAAAAAAAUACGACGAAAGCAGUCGAAAAAACUUUUGUACGUGAGUGGAAUGAGUGCCGGUGGCCAAACAAGCAGUGUUAGCUACAGCAGUGUCAGCCAGAGUAGCGAUGGUGGUGCUUACGGUGGCAUCAGUGCCAGUACAUCAUCGAGUGGUGGUAUGUGACGUAGCGCUGGGCCCAGAUCGGGGCCAAAGAGGGACAGAGCCAUAAGAUUUCGGGACACGUGAUUGGAGGACGAUAGGGCGACUGACAUGACGCCUGAUAUCAUUGAAGAGGAAGAGGAGAAGAUUGAUGAGGAGGUGUCAGAGGGAACUGAGAGUCUCGAUAUACCAGAUGACGAUGAAUUGGAGGAGAGAUUCGAGCGCUGGAAGCGACGAGUUGAUAUUACUAUUCCCGAGGAAGAGAAUGAGGAUGAAAUACCUCAAGUCGAAGAAACGAAAAUUGACGUCACGUGAUUCUAAUUCAUUCCUCUAUGCUUUAUCAUUCAUUCCAGACAUCUUUCCAUUGUACUUUAUAUACUUUUUUUUAAUGCAUAGGAAUAUUUCCUACAAUUUUUCAUAUUACGAAGAAACCAUUGAAAUUAAUGCAGCAGCGAAGCGGUAAACGGUUCAAGUAGAUUUUAACU